UUGGGGUGUCGGUGAAAGUUGUCUCUUCCUGUGUGAACAUGGUGCGGACCAAAGCAAACUACGUCCCAGGAGCCUACAGAAAAGCGGUGGCUUCUCAAGCCCCUAGGAAGGUGCUUGGCUCCUCCACCUUUGUCACCAAUUCUUCAAGUUCGUCGAGAAAAGCUGAAAAUAAGUAUGCAGGAGGGAACCCAGUCUGUGUGCGCCCAACUCCCAAGUGGCAAAAAGGCAUCGGGGAAUUCUUCAGGCUGUCCCCUAAAGAUUCUAAAAAGGAGAACCAGAUUCCUGAAGAAGCAGGAAGCAGUGGCUUAGGAAAAGCAAAGAGAAAAGCUUGUCCUUUGCAACCUGAUCACAGAGAUGAUGAAAACGAAUAGAAUUUACUCAUCUGAAUAAUGUCUUCGGUUUUUCUACAUUACUUACAUGUAAAUUCGGGUAAAUGAGUUUGUCCAAUUGGCCUGUUGAUGGGAAAAAGAUUAGGCUAAAAUUUAGCCAUUCAAAAGAAACCAGAUAUAAGAAUGGGGAAUUUUUAUAAUUUGUAAAUUUGAAUUGCAUACUUACAUUUAUAGCCUAUGCUCCUCCUUUUUUUACCUGUUAAAGCUUCUUCUUAAAACCAAUGUUACCUGACACUCUAAUUACUACUCUACGGUCUUUGCUUAGAUUUUUGUACUGAUGCCAUUUUAUGGGCAUUGAUUAUGGAAAUGGUGCCAUAUUGUUAUGGAUGGCAUGUUUGCUUUAAAAAUUUGACUUAGGCUGGGG